AACGAACGAUACAAUACAUAUCCACAGCACACAAACUAAAGCCCCUGUAUUUUUGCAAAAUUUCACUAUUUCCCAGCUUCCUCCCCCUACCAAAUAGCUUGCUUUCUUAUCUCCAAAACUCCUUUUUCCAGUUUGUAUCUUUGUUCACUGUUCAGUUUCUGCAAUGGAUGAUCGCAAAGAGAAGACAGCACCAUGGCUAUCAGUGCCACAAUUUGGAGACUGGGACCAAAAGGGUGUAAUGCCAGAUUACUCUAUGGAUUUCUCAAAGAUAAGAGAGAAUAGGAAACAGAACAAAAGGGAUUUGUCAAGAGCAAGUCUUGGAAAUGAGGAAGAACUCAUUUCCUCAACUAAUAAAAAUGCAAAUACAGGCCAUCAUCACUCAGCCCACAGUGAUGAUCUCCAUUACCAUCAAAACCACUCUCCAACUACAAGAAGAAGCAUCUUCAGCUACUUCAACUGCUGUGUGAAAGCUUGAAAGCUCAUGGGAUUGAUUUCUGCAUAUUUUUUUAACUUCUUUGUAAUGACAAUGAUAAUGUGCCUAGGUAAAUUUUAUUCCCCCUAAUGUUUUUGAUGAAACGCUUCUGAGAAGUAGGAAGUAUUGUGGCUUUUGAUGAUCAAGAACAACUUGUCAAGAAUCGGAAUUGUGAAUGUUCAUGGUGUUCUUUUAGAACAAAAACUUGGUUUCGAAA